AUCAAUGUGUUAUUCAUAAGCUUCAAUAACCUUCACGUGUGUAUGAACAAUAAUCAAGGGGCGUUGUACUUACAAUAUGUGUGACGUUUUGCAAUAUCUAGUUUUUUUUAUGAUAUUUUAUUGUAUUCUCCGCUUGACUAGGUCUGCUAUAGCUGUUGUGUUUCUCCUUUUAAUAUCGUGUGUUUUAGAUUUGGUUGUCCGCUUGUUAUAUUGUGCGUUUUAGAUUUAGUUGUCUCCUUUAGAUACCGUAGGUUUUAGGUUUAAUUGGGAGCCAAUUUUGGUUAAUAUAUUUGACCAUAUUUAUUUGUGUAGGUAUAAAAAUUAUAAUUGAAUUUUUGCGGUCUGCACUUAAUUAGGCGAAUUCGUAUGUUUGUGCGUGAUGAUGACCGACGCGUCUUAUCUCAAAAUAUCAGCAGAGCUUAGCUCUCCUCCCGAAAGUUGCGAUACUCUUACAUCAAGGCGGGCAUAAGCAAUAUAUGAACUGCUGCAAGCAUACAAAAGCAGUAGUGGAGAAAAUGAAAAGGCUAGGACAAUUGUCAAGUUCCUUGAGCGAUGGAAUGACGAUAUCUCCAUUGCGAAACUCAAGGGUCUCACUGUUGAAUUUGAAUCAGGUAAAAGGAAAUUCUACUUAUCAAUCCUUCAUAUUAUUAAUUCUUUACUUCAGAUUUAGAGUGGUUCAAUGUAAGUUGUCCCUUAUCGAUAACAGGAUUGCAAGGAAAAGUUAUCAUACUAGACUUUUUCACAUAUUGCUGCAUUAAUUGUAUGCAUGUAUUGCAAGAGUUGCACUUAUUGGAAGAACGCUUUCCAAUAGAAAGUGGUGUUGUAGUAAUCGGUGUUCACAGUCCUAAGUUUGAAAAUGAACGCAAUGCGGCAAACAUUAUGUCCGCUGUACAACGAUAUGGAAUAUCACAUCCGAUUGUUAAUGAUUCACGAUCUGGAAUGUGGCGCGCUAUUGGCAUUCGUUGCUGGCCUUCUCUGUUGAUUCUAAGCCCGUCUGGUGUUCCCAUGAUGUUAUUAAUGGGCGAAGGGCAUGGAAAAUUCCUACAGGAUUUUUUUUCUUCUGCCCUAUCGUUUUUUAGCCGUCAGGGUAUAAUUGACCAUAGGGGUUUACCUAUAAAAUUAUUUCGUGAUUUUCAACCAGCAUCUAACUUGCGUUUUCCCGCAAAGAUCGUUCGAAGCCCUAAUGGCCAGUAUGCUAUUGCUGAUACGGGGAACAACAGGGUGCUUGUGCUUACAGCAGGCGGUGUGGUACAGCACAGAAUUGGAGGACACCAGCCUGGUUUCGUGGAUGGAAACCUUACAGUAGCACGGUUUAAUAAUCCUCAAGGCAUUGCAUUUCUUAAUGAAAACGUUUUGAUUGUAGCUGACACUAAAAACCACGCCGUUCGGCAGAUCUCUCUAACAAAUGCAAUAGUGGAAACUCUUGCCGGCACAGGAAUUCAGGGAAAUGAACGAAUAGGUGGACGUCUAGGUCCAUUGCAGCCACUGUCGUCACCGUGGGAUGUUGCCAUAUUUCGAACGAGGGACAUGGAUAUGUCCUUUCAUCUUGAUGAACGUAACAUACCAGAAAAAACAAUUAUCCUUAUAUCCAUGGCAGGCACCCACCAGAUUUGGGGCUAUUUUCCUGAAGGAAUUAUUUGGUGGAAAUUUCGUAAAUUUGAGCCUUGCUGCUGUGUCUCACUAAUAGGAAACGGUUUGGAAGAAAACCGUAAUAAUUCUUACCCACAGAACGCUGCAUUCGCACAGCCAUCUGGCCUGGCUAUAGCGGGAGACGUUUUAUAUAUAGCUGACAGCGAAAGCUCUAGCAUACGCAAAGCUUCUAUGAUAGAUGGAAAGGUGAUGCCCGUCGUCGGAGGAGAUCGAAACCCUCUUAAUUUAUUUGCAUUUGGCGACAUUGACGGUAGACUAUUCAGCGCGAAACUCCAACAUCCGUUAGGAGUGACUUUCAAUGAUGCCAAUAACAGACUCUAUGUUGCUGAUACCUAUAAUCAUAAAAUCAAAAUUAUAGACAUCGAUUCAAAUGAUAUAUCUACUCUACAAAUUAAGAGCCAAGAAAAUACUAACCUGAUUUUAAACGAGCCCGCCGGACUGUGCUUGGAUGCCAGCGGAAAAAACUUGUUGGUAGCUGAUACCAAUAACCAUUUAAUACAUAUAAUAGAUUUGGUAACGCUUAUAGCACAACCGUUUGGUUUAGAUUUCAGACAAAUAGCGUCCGCUAGUGAAAUUGAUGCGCCACAAGAUAUACAAAAGGCUACAGAAAAUAAUAUAAUUAAAACAUUGCCUCUUGAUUUAAUUAAACCAAGUAAAAUUUUUUUUAAUCUACGACUUUCGCCCAUAUUUAACUUUACGAAGGAAGCUCCUCAAAAAUGGAUACUGAAAACUGUAUGUCAAUCUGUAAUAGUAAAUCCAUCGUCUGGAACUCUAGUUGAUGGGAUGUGCCACAUGCAGGUGCAGGCAACUAGGCCUGAUUUUAUGUGUGAAAGCAGUCAAAUAUUUACCAUCGAAUUCGUAUUAAAUUUAUGCCUCUCAAAUUGUUGCCUAGUAAAAAAAAUUACAGUUUCUAUAAAAUGCGAUGACAUACCAGAAGAAUAUAUAUCCAUCCAUAACGUAAAUAUUGACAUUGAACAAUAAAACAUGUUUUAAUAGAAAAGUUUUGCAUAUAUCAAUGAUAAUGUUUCGGUAUGUACAUUCAUAUCCUUUACACUCAGUGUUCGGAUAGUUGUUUUAAAUAAUUUAUUACCGUAGAGUAAUAAGUUAUAUUGGUUUCGUUUCAAAAAGUACCUAGUCGACAUAAGUAUUUUGACAAAAUAAACACUAAACAUUUUGUCAGUGAAUCUAUUAAAUGACUUGAUAUGACUAUUUUUUUUAAAGUAAGAACUAUAAACUUAAGAAUUAACAAACGAAUAUUUAUUCAUUGAAACUUAAAAGGAUAUAAGCAAUUUAACAAAAUAUGAUUUUUUGUAUCGGCAUAAGUAUUUUGAGAAUCCUUAAUACCAAAUAAAAGGUUAAAUGUUGCUGAGUAUGGGAACAAUUAAUAAAACAUAUCCUCCUUUGGCAUAAAUAACUUUUUGGAGUCGGUCCGUUACGGAAUCCACCAAAUUGUGAAGGAGUUCCAAAGGGAACUGAUCUCAGAAAUCGUUUCCUCUCGAGUUUUGUGUAACUAAAUUGUUCUUUUGAGUCUUGAAAGAGACUAGAUGUUCCAAUUAAUACUUAAAUCUGGACUUUCAGGUGGCCAGUUCAAGACGGUGACUCCAACAUCCUUAAAAAAGUACGUUAUUAUUCGUGCUUUGUGGCAUGGAGCAUAAUCUUUCUGCAGGAUAAAUGAUCCCCGAGCAGUCUAUCUCCAGAAGGAAAUGCAUUUUCGUUUAGAGUCGUCAAAUAUGGCCUUUGGUUCAUCGAGCCGGAGAUAGGAUACAAGUCGCCCGACCCAUUCUAGGCAACACAUCCCUGCACCAUGACAGAGCUUUCCUCAUGGUUCACUUUCUAAGAUACGGGUCGUAUUUUUUGCUUUUUUUGAGUUGUCAAUCUGACCAAAUUUUUUUGUUUUGACGAGUUAUUAUCGAAAAAGCUUUCAACUAUCCAUAAAUUAAUUUUUGAAAUAUAUGGCACAUCCAUAGCAAUAUAUUUGUCCUCCAGUUCCCUUAUAUGUCUCCAGGCUGUGCGGUCAGACUCCACUGAGUUGCAACGGCUUGGGGUUUCGGAAGGUUUAUGCCCCGUUCUUUUUAAGUUUUUAAAAUCAUUAAGUUAAGUGUUAUUUUGUUGUGUUAACGUUUGUUGAUAACGUUUAAUAUCCAAAAAAGUUAAAUUUAAUUUUUGAUUUAUACGUGCUCAAAACCAGGAUACCAUUUACUAAAAGAGCUUGUCUAAAUGCUUGUGCCAAACAAAAAUUUAUUAUCUGCGUGUAUUGUUGUAAGUAGAAUGAAAAUGCAAUGGGUGAGCCAUUUAAAAAUUGGCAUUUUGUGUGCUAAAUAUUCAUUUUUUCAUUGCUCAUCGCCUUCGCACUGUUUGUUAACGGCAUCAAACGCAAGCGGGUUUUAAAUGAAGCAGACGAUUUUUUCAACAUAUUUAUGCCGACUAGUGUAUGUUACAAAUGAUGUAAUCUGGAGAAACAUUUUUUUUUUUUUUCAGUUUUAUUAUUUGUCUUGUAAAUAUCUAAUGAAAUAAGAAAAUCACUUUAUCCGUGUCCAGUUUUGUUCCCGCAAGCUGAAAAAGCAAACCUGUCACGCGCACAUUUUCGAAAAUUUUCAGAUUUUUGUUUGAUUUUUUUUCGCUAUGCAAAAAAAAUUUUUAAAUUUCUUUAUACCAUUUUCAAUGCGUAUCGGUUAUCUAUCAUUCUUUUUUGUUAUAUCCGUUACUAGUAGGGUGAAGGGAAUACAAGAUUCCUUAAGAAGUAUGUAAGAUGCUGAUGAUGCUGAUAAAGAAUCAAAUAUCUAAAUAAAUGACUUACUUGAA